CCGCGGCCUGAGGGCGGCCGGUGAGCCCCGGACGGCAGCUCCCCGGACAGGUCCCAGCCCGAGGCCAUGGCCCCCGAGGCAAGCCCGGAGAGGAGCUGCUCCCUCCACACCUGCCCCCUGGAGGACCCUUCCAAUGCCUCCGUCCCGGCGCCCUCCGCAUCCACCCUCCAGGCUGUGGACCCGAGUAGUCCCUUAGCUCCUGGUCAUUUCGGCUACUCUAGAGGGCCGCACGAAUACCAAGAAGGCAGUUCGCUACUAGGGCUGGGAGACCAGGCAGCCCUGUGCUCCCAUGUCUCCAACUACAGCCCUUCCUUGGUGCCCUCCCAGCACGAUGGCACCUGGAAGCCACCUGCGCAGCGUCACGUGGUCAGCGUCAGGCAGGAGCGGACCUACCGGAUGCCCAAGAGCUAUUCCCAGCUGAUCGCUGAGUGGCCGGGCACCGUGAUCCUGCUGUGUCUGGCUUUCAUCCUCCUGUGCACGCUGGCCGGACUGUUGGGAAGCCGCCUGCCUGACUUCUCGGACCCUCUACUGGGCUUCGAGCCUCGGGACACGGAUGUUGGGCGAAAGCUAGAAGUCUGGAAGGCACUACAGGCUUUCACCGGCCCCAAGAACCUGCUCUCCCUUUCUCCGGACCCUGAACUGAACAGCUCCACCUUCCACAGCACCCUGAGCCCCGCGUCCUGGGGCAGGGCCCAGGAGAGCGUGGUCCGGGCCCGGAGGAUGGUGGAGCCCAUAGAUGACAAUGGGGAGGACAGCUUCUUCUGUGGCCCCCCAGAGAAGAGCCAUGCAAAGCUGGUGUUCGUGUCAACCUCGGGGGGCAGCCUGUGGAACCUGCAUGCCAUCCACUCCAUGUGCCGCAUAGAACAGGAGCAGAUCCGCUCCCAUCCGCACUUUGGGGCUCUGUGCCAGCGCACCGCAGCCAAUGAGUGCUGCCCCAGCUGGUCCCUCGGGAACUAUCUGGCCGUGCUGUCCAACCGCUCCUCCUGUCUGGAUACUACGGAAGCUGACGCGGCCCGCACCCUGGCCCUGCUGCGGUACUGCGCGCCCUACUACCACCGUGGGGUCCUCGUGCCCUCCUGCCUGGGAUCCAAGCCGGACAAGCCCCCAUUCUGUGCCCAGGUCCCCACCAAGUGCGCCCGCAGCGGGGCUGUGUACCAACUCCUGCACUUCCUGCUGGACAGGGACUUCCUGAGUCCCCAGACGGCUGACUACCAGGUGCCAUCCCUCAAGUUCGGCCUACUCUUCCUGCCCAUCACAAAGGACGCCUCCAUGCUGGACAUCUACCUGGAUGGCCUAGCUGAUGUCCAGAAGGUCUCUGACAACUACACAUCGAUCAGUGGCAUGGACCUGGGCCUCAAGCAGGUGCUGCUGAAGCACUUCCUGGCGCUGGACACAGUGUACCCCCUGCUGGCCCUGGCCGUCAUCUUCUUCAGCGUCACCCUCUACCUGCGCUCCUUCUUCAUCACGGUCAUGGUGCUGCUGGGGGUGCUGGGCUCCCUGAUGGUGGCCUUCUUCCUUUACCACGUGGCCUUCCGCAUGGCCUACUUCCCCUUCGUCAACCUGGCGGCCCUCCUGCUGCUCAGUGGCGUCUGCGUCAACCACACCCUCAUCUUCUUCGACCUCUGGCGGCUCAGCAAGAGCCAGGUGCCCUCCGGGGGGCUGGCACAGCGCGUGGGCCGCACCAUGCACCACUUCGGCUACCUGCUGCUGGUCUCGGGGCUCACCACAGGCGCUGCCUUCUACGGCAGCUACCUGAGCCGCCUGCCCACCGUGCGCUGCUUCGCCCUCUUCAUGGGCACCGCCGUGCUGGUGCACAUGGGGCUCACGCUGGUCUGGCUGCCCGCCUCCGCCGUGCUGCACGAGCGCUACCUGGCCCGCGGCUGUCUGCCCAGGCAGGCCCCGAGGGGCGGCAGCGACCCCCUGCGGCUGCUGCUGGCCAUACACCGGCGGGUCCGCGGCCUCCGCAGGGUCGUGUCCAUCCUCUCCCGCCUGCUCUUCCAGCGCCUGCUGCCCUGUGGGGUCAUCAAGUUCCGGUACAUCUGGAUCUGCUGGUUCGCGGCGCUGGCGGUGGGGGGCGGCUACAUCGGCGGCGUCAGCCCCCGCCUGCAGCUGCCCAUUCUGCUGCCUGCCGGGGGCCAGGUCUUCCGGCCCAGCCACCCCUUCGAGCGCUUCGAUGCCGAGUACCGCCAGCAGUUCUUGUUCGAGGACCUGCCCCCAGACGAGGGCGGCCACCUGCCCGUGGUUUUGGUGUGGGGCAUCCUGCCGGUGGACACGAGCGACCCCCUGGACCCUCGUAGCAACAGCUCCCUGGUGAGCGAUCCUGACUUCUCCGUCAGCAGCCUGGAGGCCCAGGACUGGCUGUUGGAACUCUGCCACCAAGCCCGGAACCAGAGCUUCUUCAGCACCCAGCCCAAGGGGUGGCCCACGCUGUGCCUGGUGGAGGCCCUGCAGAGCUGGAUGGAGAGUCCCAGCUGCGCCCGCCUCGGGCCUGACUUCUGCUGUGGCCAGACAGACUUCCCCAUGGCCCCCCAGCUCUUCCUGCACUGCCUCAAGAUGAUGGCUCUGGAGCAAAGCCCCGAUGGCACCCGCGACCUGGGGCUCCGCUUCGAUGCCCACGGCAACCUCGCUGCCCUGGUCCUGCAGUUCCAGACCAACUUCCCAUACAGUGCCGAAUACGGCCCGGUCCACCACUUCUACACCGAAGUCAGCCGCUGGCUGGCCUCCGAGCUGGGCAGGGCACCCUCGGGCCUCCGCCGAGGCUGGUUCACCAGCCGGCUAGAGCUGUACAGUCUGCAGCACAGCCUGAGCACGGAGCCCGCCGUGGUGCUGGGGCUGGCUCUGGCGCUGGCCUUUGCCACGCUGCUGCUGGGCACCUGGAAUGUUCCCCUCAGCCUGUUCUCAGUGGCAGCCGUGGCGGGCACGGUGCUGCUCACCGCAGGCCUGCUGGUCCUACUCGAGUGGCAGCUCAACACGGCCGAGGCUCUCUUCCUGUCUGCCUCGGUGGGCCUCUCCGUGGACUUCACCAUCAACUACUGCAUCUCCUAUCACCUGUGCCCACAUCCCGAUCGCCUGAGCCGUGUGGCCUUCUCCCUGCGCCAGACCAGCCGGGCCACGGCCAUGGGGACGGCGGCCCUGUUCGCCUCGGGCGUCAUCAUGUUGCCUUCCACGGUCCUGCUGUAUCGCAAGCUGGGCAUCACCCUGAUGAUGGUCAAGUUCGUCAGCUGUGGCUUCGCCAGCUUCUUCUUCCAGUCUCUGUGCUGUUUCUUCGGGCCCGAGAAGAACUGUGGGCAGAUCCUGUGGCCCUGCGCGCACCUGCCGUGGGGUGCGGGCACGGAGGAUCCUGACGAGGAGAAGGCGCGGCCCGGGGCAGGCAUCCCUGGGAUCUGCCCCGAGCAUUACGAGCUUCAGCCCUUGGCGCGGCGCCGGAGCCCCAGCUUUGACACCAGCACGGCCACCAGCAAGCUGUCCCAUCGGCCCUCGGUUCUCUCGGAGGAUCUGCCGUUUCACGACGGCAACUGCUGCGGCCGGCCCCCACUCGUGCCGGCCUCCCCGCGGGACCUGCUCCUGGACCACCAGGCAGUGUUCAGCCAGUGCCCGGCUUUGCAGACCUCCUCGCCCUAUAAGCAGGCUGGCCCCAACCCGCAAAGCUGGGUGACACAGGACUCCCAGGAGCAGAAGGCUGAGCCUCCCCAGGCCUCCCCGGAAGUCCCGCCCCCCUCUCCCAAGUCCAAGGCAGAAGAACUUCCUGAUGGCCUCUGCUCCUCAGCCAGCACCCUGGAGGGGCUCAGCGUCUCCGACGACACCUGCCUGAGCGCCUCGGAGCCCAGUGCCCGCGUGCCGGAUUCCGUGGUUAUCUGCCCAGAAGACCUGGAUGAUGCCGGGAAGCCCGCACUUGAGCGGGGCCAGCUGAAUGGGAAGCGUGACACCCUCUGGCUGGCGCUGAAGGAGACCAUCUACGACCCGACCCUGGCCAGCUCCCAGCACAGCAGCUCGUCCUGGAAGGGCCGCGGCGGGCCGGAUGGCAGCCCUGUGAUGCUGCCCAACAGCCAGCCAGAUCUGCCAGAUGUGUGGCUCCGCAGGCCCAAUGCCUACACCUCCGGCUACAGCACCUAG